UAGCUAAUCUGGAGGAAUUGGUAAUAUAAAAGAGACUGGCUCGCUGCAGAGAGUUGACAUUAUUUCUGCGCCUGCGUAAUGAGCGAUCAGAUGAUUACCUGGUUCGUCAACUUCGAUAAUUUAUAUUAGGAGCCUGAAAGUAAUGGGUGGUUAACCCCAUGUCCUCAUCUCUACCUCCUAUGGAUAUUUAUAAUCAAGUUAUUUGUGUUGUAAGCGAGAAUAAAUUGUGUUAGAGCAAAAGUACAAAUCUGCUGGCUGCUGUAUAUAUAAGCAAGAGAGAUAUAUCAUCGAGAAUGCCAAACUCUAAUUCAACAGCUGCAGCUGUGGAAACUAAGGUCGAAUCUUUUGGCUACCAAGGACACUGUAAGGAGGAGAAUCAUGAACUUGUUAAUGCCAAAGCUGAAAUGAGUGAGGUCAGAGAAGAAAAUGAGAGACUGAAAAAGACGUUAGAGCAUACGAUGAAGGAUUACCAGUCUCUACAGUUGCGCCUUUUCGACAUCCUCAAACAAGAACCUCAUUCCAAGAAGGCUACUGUGAGUGCCACCACCUCUAGCUCCCAUGUCGAAACUGAAGAACCUCAUGAUCAGCUUUUAUCUCUUUGCCUUGGAAGAAGUCCAAGAGACCCUAAAGAUGUAAGUGAUGAGAGCAAACUUGUACAGGUUGAUCAUCACCAAGACCUGAAGGCCAACCUUACUCUUGGAUUAGGGUCUAAAUUGCAGUUGCCUACCGAGCUUGUUUUGAGCGGUCCAAUUCCAGAGAAUAGUUCCGAAGAGCCCAAGGAAUCAGAAGCGUCCCCAUCAAGUACUAAAAUACCAAAAACAAUAAGAAAUGAAGAUGAUGAAGCUUCGCAGCAAGCCAAUGCUGCCAAAAGAGCCAGGGUUUCUGUGAGAGCCAGAUGUGACACCCCCACGAUGAUUGAUGGAUGCCAAUGGAGGAAAUAUGGACAGAAGAUUGCGAAAGGAAAUCCAUGCCCGCGAGCAUACUAUCGAUGCACGGUUGCACCAGGAUGCCCUGUUAGAAAGCAGGUGCAAAGAUGUAUUGACGACAUGUCUAUCUUAAUCACAACCUACGAAGGAAAUCACAACCACCCACUUCCAAUGACCGCCACUUCCAUGGCUUCCACCACCUCUGCUGCAGCUUCCAUGUUAUUAUCCGGCUCUUCAACAUCUCAGCUUCCAGGUCUUGGUUCCAGUAAUGGCCUAGGUUUUGGUCUCUUUGAUAAUUCGAGACAACAACAGCACUACAUGCCUAAACUUUCCUCAUCCCCUUUGUUUCCCACAGUCACUCUAGAUCUCACAUCUUCUCCUUCCCCUUCAAACCAAUACUGCACAUUUCCUCCAAAUCUAAGCUUUUAUUCCUCAGAAUCCAACAUCAAUUUACCAAGCAGUUGGCCCAAUGGAUACACUAGAUUUGGGACACCAUUUGACAGAAAGAACCAAGAGUAUUUCCAUUCCAAUCACCAAACUUCUUCUCAGGUGUCCUUAACAGAGUCACUGACAAAGGCAAUCACAUCAGACCCUAAUUUCAAGUCAGUAAUUGCUGUAGCGCUCUCAUCUAUGGUUGGAGGUGGUGCUACAAGUUAUGGAAGCCAAGGAAUAGGGGAAAGAUUAGGGCAGCACUUGACACAGAACGGGAAAGGCUGCGCAUCAAGCAUUUUCAACAUGUCAUCUUCUGAUUCUCAGAAGGCAAACUUAACGCUUCUCCAGCCUCCACUGCCAUUUCCCGAGUCCAAGAGCACCACAUCGUCCCCUGCCAUCAGGGAUAAAAGUCUAUAAAUUAUGUGAUUGGAAGCUGAAUUUCCACUAGGCGGACAAUCUCAGAUGUUAUUUUGUCAGACUGUCAAUAUGGACUAUCAAAUGUGCAACUGUUACUCAAAUGUGUGGUAUAGAUCAACAGUUUGACAAGAUCACAUGUCAGAUAUGUCGAAUUUUUCAGCAGUUACUGUAAUCAAGAGAUAUAGGCGUUUAUUUACAAGCUCACCCUGUUCUGAAACUAUGAUUAUCAAGUAAUAAUAUUGCAGCACAUUACCAACUG